CGGAAGCGGAUGUUCUUCAAUCCAUCCUGAACACUAACGUGCCGACACUACCUACACCCAUCGUUAUUUGUAGCAAACACAAGUGAAAAACAGUUGUGAUUUUGCGUGUGAUGAUGGAGCUGCUGACAGAUGCACUGUACUGGAUCGGGGCUGUCACUGUGGCCUGGCUCUCGGUCAGUACUCUGUGCUGUCUGCUCAGCGGGAUUCGCGUGUGGAUUGUGGGCAAUGGAAAUUUGAUGCGGGCGACCAAACUCGGGAAAUGGGCAGUUGUGACUGGGGCCACCGAUGGAAUUGGAAAAGCCUAUGCGGAGGAGCUUGCUCGACAAGGUUUUGCUAUCGUUCUCAUCAGCCGUACUCAAGAGAAGCUGGAUGAAGUGUCCAAAGCCAUCGAGAGCAAGUAUAAUGUCGAGACCAAAACCAUUUCUGCUGACUUUGGCUCUGUGGACAUCUACUCUAAGAUUGAGUCUGGACUGGCCGGACUUGAAAUCGGAGUUUUAGUAAACAAUGUUGGAGUGUCUUAUUCCUACCCUGAGUUCUUCCUCGACAUACCUGAUAUUGACAGUUUCAUCAACAGUAUGAUCAACAUCAACAUUACCUCAGUUUGUCAGAUGACACGACUGGUACUGCCCCGGAUGGUAGAGAGGUCAAAAGGAGUGAUCUUGAAUGUUGCUUCUGCGAGUGGCAUGUACCCAGUUCCUCUCCUCACCCUCUACUCCUCCUCAAAGGCCUUUGUGGACUUCUUCUCCCGUGGACUUGAGGCUGAGUACAAAAGCAAAGGGAUUAUUAUACAGAGCGUGCUGCCAUUUUAUGUGACAACAAAACUGAGCAAGAUCAGGAGGGCCACUCUUGACAUCCCCUCUCCGGAACGCUACGUUAAAGCCCAGCUGAGCACUGUAGGCCUGCAGACUCAGUCCAAUGGUUACUUCCCUCAUGCCGUCAUGGGUUGGGUGACUACUGCUCUGCUUCCUGCGAAACUGCUCAACAAAUAUGUUAUGAGCAUGGGGUUGUCCCAGCGUGCACGCUAUCUGAAGAAACAGAAGCAAGGUUAGAAGCAGAAAAAGGACAGACAGAGGGAUGAAGGGAUGGUGUGAUUAAAUGAAAGGAGGGACCAACCAAAAAAAAAAAUCACACCCAACUGCUUCUGGGAUGGUUCAAAACAAGCAAAGUAUUUUCUAGACAUUAGAAUGGUUUAUUGAGUCAUAACUUACUAAAACACGAUUUGCUUGAACAGCCUUCGCUGACCAACACAGCUCUUAUUAGCUUGGUAAGACAAAGCUGAAGUUCUUUGUAUCCUAACAGUCACUUACAGCAUUGAUCAGUACAGUUUGUUUGGUUUUCUUUCAUGUUUAAAGAGAGUAAAUUGGUAGUUAUCUGAUAAUAGUGAUCUGAUGAACAUGAACAAUGAAAAAAAAAAAGAAAAAAGUUCCCAACCUGAUUGCGGUUUCUAUUCGUGCAACAACAUGUCUAUUAAUGUAAUCAAAAGAUUUGCAAGUGAAAUUAAGCAGGUUGCCCGCAAUCAUUUAAAAAUUGCAUCUGCAGCAUCUACAAAAUGGUGCACCUAUAAAUCUUGGUCCAUUUUUGCUUUUUUUCUUCUGACUCAGCAGUUGUUUACAAACUAAAAGCACGACAUGAACUAUUUGUGCCCAUCACAGAUGGCACUGUGCGUUCUAUCUUUAGAGCAUCUUUUUGGAAGAAGAUGUGAUUUUAUAUGGCACUAACAUUGUUGUGGGAGGUCCGUGUACAUCCGGUGUACAGUUCUGAAAACAGUUAAUUCGAAAUCUAAGGCUGUUGUUCCGUUAUGGUCUGGUCUAUGACAAAGCAGUAUUUGCUCCAAAACAAUUCUUAGAAUUCCUGAAUUCAUAAUAAAUGAUACGGUUGUGAAAAACUUUUACAAGAUAAAUGUCUAAAGUCUGCAACAACAGAUUUAAUGCACUCAGUAUGCCUGCUUGUGAAUUGAUCCUGCAAAUAAAAGCAUCUUUCUAAUAA